AUGUUCCUCUCCCGGUCCCUGGUCCGGGCUGGCGCGUCCCUCCGCAACACCACCUCCCUCAUUUCCGUGCGUGCGUUCACCCAGAGCGUUCCCCGGCGCAACGAGGACAGCCCCUUCUCGUCGGCCGGCGUCCCGCAGGAGACCGCUGCCCGUAGCCCGGUCGUUGACACCGGUGUUUUCAAUGAGGUGAACCUCCAGAUCGAGGACUUCCCCGGCAUUGCCCAGGGGGCCUUCGACCCGUCUAUCACCGCCAAGCUCCUGGCCCCCCUGGACCCCGAUGAGAUUGAGAUCAAGCCCGACGGCCUGAUCUAUCUGCCUGAGAUCAAGUACCGCCGCAUCCUGAACGCCUCCCUCGGCCCCGGCGGCUGGGGUAUGGUCCCCCGCAGCCCGCACACCUUCCAGGACCGGAUCCUCUCGCGCGAGUAUGCCCUCUUCGCCAUGGGUCGCUUCGUGGGCCAGGCACGCGGCGAGCAGAUUGUCUUCGACCGCCAUGGCUUCCCCACCGCCUCCGAGGGUGUCAAGUCCAACGCCCUGGUGCGCUGCUGCAAGGAUCUCGGCAUUGCCAGCGAGCUCUGGGACCCGCGCUUCAUCCUCGAGUGGAAGCAGAAGUAUGCCGUCGAGCGCUGGGUCACCGACACCCGCACCAACAAGAAGUCCAAGGCCUGGCGCCGCAACGACCGCGUCUUCGACGCCCCUCUCGUCGAGUCGACCUUCUCCUCCAGCGCGGCUGGCGGUGCCAAGCCCGGGGUCCCCGGUGCUGGCGGUGGCCAGCAUUCUUCCGAGAAUUGUCACCCUGUCCGCUGGGGCUCCAUGCAUAUGCGCGCGCGGCCCUUGUGCAUGCGUCUGUGGGCCGGUCUGUUUACACACAUUCGGCGUCCGAUCUUGAUCAUCCUCACCGAGGAGUUCCUCUACCUUCAGACCACAUUCCAGGACCAGCAGGCCUCCGCCGGUGUGCUGCGCAUCAACCGCGAUGACGGCGCCAUCUCCCUCGAGCGCGAGAUGCCCAGCGGCUCCCCGAAGCUGAUCGAUGCCUUCCUCGGCCUGAUCAACCUCCACAGCGGCCUGCACAUGGUCACCGUCGAGGCCUCCCGCCGUGUUGGCCGCAUCGGCGAGUCCGAUGCCGUUUACAUGCUGCAGGAUGUUUCCAUCACGCGCAUCUCCCGCAGCCCCGAGGACAACCUCACCCCUGUGCAGCUCUCCACCGAUCGUGACCAUUGCGACAUGAUCGCCCGGCUGCUGGUCAAGGGCGGCUUCUACUUCAGCCCUACCUACGAUCUGAGCCGGUCGCUGCAGGCCCAGCGUGACCUGCAGCAGGCCAACCCCGCGUACCAGGACAAGCUCCUGAGCCGGCGCUUCGACACUGCCUUCAACUGGGCCUCCUUCCUGCAGUUCCCCCUGAUGAAGCAGAUCAUGGCCGACUCGACUGGCAGCCUGGCCGGCGCCGCUGCCUUCCUGAUGCCCAUCAUGUGUGGCUUCGUCUCCAUCAGCCCCGUCACCAUGUCCAACGGCCGGUCCUUCGAUUACAUCCUGCUCACCCGGCGCUGCGUCUUCCGUGCUGGCACCCGCUACAACACUCGCGGUGUGGAUAGCACCGGGCGCGUGGCCAACUACAACGAAACCGAGGUCCAGGUCCGCCUGGCCGGUGCCUCCGGCCCGGGUGACAUUAUGUCCUACCGUCAGACCCGCGGUUCGAUGCCCUUCUACUGGCGCCAGAUCACCAACCUGCGCUACACCCCGGCGUUGGAGUUUGACAACCUCGCUCUUUGUCUCGAUGUCUUCAAGAAGCACUUCAACGACGAGGUCAGCAAGUAUGGCGACGUCGUGGCCGUGAACCUGAUCAACGCCGGCGGCUAUGAGGGUCGCCUGGGCCAGAUGUUCGGCGAGCUCAUCGAGAACAUCGAUAACCCGCGUGUUCACUAUCUGCACUUCGACUUCCAUGCCGAGUCUAAGGCUGGGCGCCUUGCCAACCUGACUGCCAAGACCGAGGCUCUCGGCGAGCGCCUUGCUGUUCAGGGCUUUUUCCAUGAGUCCCCCGACGGCCAGGUUCUCUCGCGCCAGCACUCGAUCGUGCGCACCAACUGCAUGGAUUGCCUGGACCGUACCAAUGUGGCGCAGGAGAUGUUCGCCCGCCUGGCGCUGGUGGAUUUCCUCAGCCGCUCCGGCAUCCUCUCCUCGGCCAGCAGCGAUGCCAUCCCCUCCAACCUGGACUACAUCCUGCGCAACGUUUGGGCCGAUAACGCCGACGCCGUGUCCACCUUCUACUCCGGCACUGGUGCUCUGAAGACCGACAUCACCCGCACUGGCAAGCGCACCAUGCGUGGCGCCCUCCAGGACGGCAUCAACUCCCUGCAGCGCUACCUGACCAAUCAGUUCCUGGAUGGCCGCCGUCAGGAUGCCAUUGACGCUCUUCUUGGCCAGCAGUCCACCACUGCCAGCCCCGAUGACGAUGCCAACGCCGCCAACAAGGUCGUCCGCCCGGCCGGUGUCAAAUACAUGCCCUUCCUGUUCUUCCUCUCCCUCUUCAACGUGGCGGCCACCCUGGUCAACCGGCCCUCUUCCCCGACCUACACCUUCCUGAUUCUGGCCUUCUGGUCGGGCCUGGCUUUCACUUCGGCUCGGGGGAUCCUCAACAACGGGGGACACCUGGUCAGCCGGCCCCGGAUUUGGGAUCCCCGUUCCGGCCGUGUCAAGCCCUUCUGGAGCCCCAGCUGCCUGUCGGAUGGCGACUGCCAGUAA